AUAAGGGUGGGUUAAGAGUGGCCAUAGUAAUCCACCGGGUGCCUCUUGCUUGUUGAAAUAACGUCAUACAAGUCAUCGCUGAAACAAAAUAGUAAUCUAGUUACCCAUUGACUGGAUUGUAUUUCAUCGAGUUGAAGUAAUUUUUUGACGAUGCCCCAUUUCAGGAUUCGUUUGCUGACUUCACCGUAUUUCAAGAAAUACGUUUCAAAACGCGAAUUCCGUGCUAGCAGCGUAGACGACUCCAGUUUACCAUGUAGCGCACCGAUUUGUAUUGUCAAUGAAGUCUAUGCUCAUCCUUAUAAAUAUCCUCUUCGCCACUUAAUCACACAUAGGUAGACACGACACGAGGAGGAGAUACUGUCUCUUAAGCUGUUCAGCCAUUAUCUUAAACAGAUAACGCGGCACCUACCUGGCUCGUAUCUUGUCUUAUAACAUCCCAGCAUGGCAAGCGUCACAGACGCUGUUCAUACCCAGUGGGGUAAGGCAGCAGAGAAGCAGAUCGACGCCGAUGGCCACGAGUCGUGGAAGGGGCAUAUGUACGUGGACAUGAUCCCAUGGGAAUACGACCGCUUUCGAGAGUUGCUAGAGAAGUACAGCAAGAUCCCACCGGAGGAGGUGACGGCUGAGAUCCUCAAGAUUAGAGACAAGGCUUGGGAGGUUGCCAAAUACCCCUGCAAGCCACCUUCGUGGCGGGGGAUAUGCUGGCUAGGGAUGUAGAGUACGAGGCUAGCGAGCUGGCCAAAACUUUUAACGAAAAGAUUUCCAUUGUGCACGCGUCGAACUUUUUUCACCUAUUCACCUGGUAAUCGCAGCUCGUCAUCUGUGAGCGCAUUGUGCGAUUCUUUCGGCGCGGGCUAAGCCCUGAAAGCCCUGCAGUGCUGUUUGGAAAUCAUUAUGGGAGCUCUAAGCCUGGGGUUGUUAACCUAGGGGCCUUCAGGGUCUCCCUACACGACGAGAAGACAUUCCAGUCUUUGUGGGAUGAAAUCGGAAGGAAGACGAACACGAAAUGGAAUGUGACGAUGCAACCCACGGGUGCCGCUCCCCCAAAACCGAAUGUUUAUGGCGAAGACGCGAGGAACGUGCUUUACGUUGUGAGUCAGGAGGGGUGAGGCGUGAGCCUUCAGUAUGUCGGCACUUCUAAAAUGUGACACGACGUACCUAGAGU